AUGGCUAUUUGCAGAGAAUAUGGGAAUCCAGAUUUGUUUAUCACGAUGACGGCCACUCCUAACUGGAGAGAGAUUAAAGAACAUCUUGAGAGAUAUGAUGGAGACUCCCCCAAUGAUAGACCAGACAUUGAAUGUCGGGUCUUUAAGAUGAAGUUAGAUCAGCUACUCAAGGAUUUCAAAAAAGGAACUUUCUUCAAGCCAUACACAGCAGCUCUCCACAGAAUAGAAACACCAAGUGCAGAGGAAGUAGAUGAGAUUAUUUCAGCCGAGCUCCCAAACAAAGAAGAAGAUUCAGAAGCUUACAAUUUAGUGACAAAACACAUGAUCCAUGGUCCAUGUGGUGUCAUUAAUCAGAAGUCACCAUGUAUGGAGAAUAAUGUGUGCACCAAAAAGUAUCCUCGGCCGUAUAAUGGCAGUACAUCGAUAGACAAAUCAGGGUAUGUAUUAUAUCGUCGACGCCGAAAUGAAAAUGAGUCUGUGGUAAAGAAUGGGGCAAUCCUAAACAACACGUUCGUUGUACCUCAUAACAUUAAGCACCUAAAGAAGUACGAAGCUCAUAUUAUUGUCGAAUGGUGUAAUCGUACAAGUGCAGUGAAGUACUUAUUCAAGUACAUAACCAAGGGGGUUGACAGAGCAUCCGCAGUUAUUGAAAAACGAAAUACGACAACUACCUCUGACACAGUGGCUUCUAGCGAACCUAAGGAGACAGUGGUGAAGCAACGUAAUGAGAUCCAAGACUACAUCAAUGCUCAAAGGUCAGAGUUUGCACGGACAUUAACUUAUGUGCAAAUACCAGAAUAUUUCGUAUGGAACAACAGUACAAAAGUCUGGUCUGAACGUAUGAAAGAAAAAACCAUUGCGAAAAUCGUGGCUGUCCAUCCAUCACCAGGUGAUCGAUACUAUCUGAGGAUCCUCAUAAAUAAGAUUAAGGGUCCCAGAAGUUAUGACGAGCUGAAAACGUUUAACGACGUGAAAUACCCUGACUUAAAAUCAGUUUGCCAUGCACGAGGUUAUUUGGACGAUGACGUUGAAUGGCACGAGAGUAUGUCAGAGGGUGCUAGAACAGCCACCCCAUACCAACUCCGCGAUAUGUUUGUCACAUUCCUAAACAAUCGCUUCGUUGCAAGCCCUAAACAACUAUGGGAACACUCAUGGAAAUCAAUGAGUGAGGACAUACUUCACAAGAGACAAAGGAUUUUAGGUCACACAAAUCUGGAACUGGAUGAUGAGACCCUUGAGCAAUACACAUUAAUCGAAGUGGAAAAGUUGAUGCGCAUGCAUGACCGCUCAUUAAAUGAUAUUAAAGAGAUGCCAAAGAUCAAACCUGUUUUGGUAAAAGAAUUGGGGAACAGUUUGUGGAACCAAGAAAUGGAUUACAAUGUUGCCGAGGAAACAUUAAGACAUGAUAGGCAGUACAACUUACUUAAUGCCGAGCAGCGUGCGAUUUACGAAUCGGUCUUAGACUAUGUUGAUAGAAAGGAUGGAAAACUAUUCUUUGUAUAUGGCGCAGGGGGCACAUGA